AUGACGGGACGUGCGAGGGCGAGGUCUAGGGGCAGAGCCCGCGGCCCAGAAGCUGGAGCUCCAGGCGCGGUAAGAGACCAACGUGGCUCCACUGAGGUGUCAAGGCCCGUGCUGCUUCCGCCGUCUGAAGGAGAGCUCGUCGGUAGGGGAAGACAGAAAACUGCCCCCGGAGCGUUGACGCCAGAAACGGUGCUGCAGAUUUCGGCAGGCUUUCAGCAGGUGAAGAUUGGCGAGAGGGGGGGGCGCAGGCGAGAUUUCCAUGAUGCCGGAGUCCACACUCGCCAACUCAUGGAGCAUGUCAAGGAGUCCAAGACAGGGACGUCUGGCUUCCCGAUCGAGCUGAGGGCGAACUUCAUGCGUCUGCUUUCGCGACCCCAGUGGGCCCUCUAUCAGUACCAUGUGGACUUCAAUCCACCCAUGGAGUCUCGGCGCCUGCGGUCAGCUCUUCUCUUCCAGCACGAACAGACGCUCGGCAAAGCACGAUGCUUUGACGGAGCCAUUCUCUUCCUCCCACACCGUCUCCAUUACACUGAGAUGGUACUAUGCAGUGAGACAAGACACGGAGAGAAAGUCCAGAUCACCGUCACCCUGACCAGUGAGCUGCCUCCUUCCUCUCCUGUGUGCCUGCAGUUCUACAACAUCAUCUUCAGGAGGAUUCUGAGGAUGCUGAACAUGCAGCAGAUUGGACGCCAUUACUACAACCCUGACGACCCCCUCAACAUCCCCCAGCACAGGUUGACCAUCUGGCCUGGUUUUGUCACCAACAUCCUGCAGUACGAGUCCAGCAUCAUGUUGUGUUCAGACGUGAGCCACAAGGUUCUGCGCAGUGAGACUGUUCUGGAUUUUAUGUCCAGCCUGAAACAGCAGUACAGAGACCAGUACUUCCCUGACGCCUGCACCAAGGAACUGGUGGGCCUUAUCGUCCUCACCAAGUACAACAACAAGACUUACAGAAUUGACGACAUUGCCUGGGACCAAACCCCUGUGAACACAUUUAAGAGAGGAGACUCUAACAUCUCCUUCCGGGAUUACUACAAAAUGCAGUACAACCUGGAAAUAACAGACAUGAACCAGGUUCUGCUGGUCAGUCAUGUUAAGAAGAUGGGUCCUGCAGGUGCUCCGCCACCAGGCCCUGCCUUGCUCAUCCCAGAGUUCUGCUACCUCACAGGUUUGACCGACAAGAUGCGCAAUGACUUCAACAUUAUGAAGGAUCUGUCCUCUCACACCAGACUGACCCCAGAACAGAGAGAGAGGCGCCUUAUCAGAUUCAUCAGCAGCAUCAGCCAGAGUGCAGAAGCACAAAAUGAGCUCAGUACGUGGGGUCUGAGCUUUGAGAACAAGUUACUAAGUCUGACUGGAAGAGUUCUUCCCGUUGAGAGGAUCCUGCAGGCAUCCCGGACUUACGAGUACAACCCUUGUGCUGCUGACUGGUCUAAGGAGAUGCGAGGACUUCCUCUGAUCAGCAGCAUGCCUCUGGAGACAUGGCUCAUGUUCUUCACGCGCCGUAAUGCUGAUGCAGCACAGUCACUCUUGUAUACUCUCAACAAGGUGGCACCACCCAUGGGCAUCCGCGUGCAGAGGGCAGUCAUGAUAGAAUACGAGGAUCGGCCAGAAUCUCUGCUGAGAGCCCUGCAGCAGAAUGUGGGACCGGAGACUCAGAUGGUGGUUGUGAUCCUGCCCACCAACCGUAAGGACAAGUAUGACUGUGUGAAGAAGUACCUGUGUGUGGACUGCCCCACUCCCAGCCAGUGUGUGGUGUCACGCACCCUUAGCAGACCACAGGCUCUCAUGACCGUGGCCACUAAGAUCGCCCUGCAGAUGAACUGCAAGAUGGGGGGAGAGCUGUGGAGUGUUGAGAUCCCGCUGAAACAGCUGAUGAUUGUGGGCAUUGACUGUUACCAUGACACUGCUGCAGGAAAGAGAUCCAUUGGGGCUCUGGUAGCCAGCCUCAACCAGGGCAUGUCCAGGUGGUUUUCAAAGUGCGUUCUGCAGGGCCGUGGUCAAGAGAUUAUCGACGGACUCAAAGUGGCUCUAAAGGGUGCUCUGAAGAAGUACCUGAAGUACAACAACUGUCUGCCAUCUCGUAUCAUCGUGUAUCGCGAUGGUGUGGCAGAUGGCAUGCUGCAGAGUGUCGUGAACUACGAGGUGCCUCAGAUAAUGCAGUCCAUCAAGACCAUGGGCCAAGACUAUGCGCCCAAACUGUCAGUGGUGGUGGUGAAGAAGAGAAUCGCUACCAGGUUUUUCGCUCGUCUUGAUGGCAAACUGGCCAACCCUCCUCCUGGAACAGUAAUCGACACUGAGGUCACCCGACCUGAGUGGUACGACUUCUUCAUCGUGAGCCAAGCAGUGCGGAUGGGCAGCGUCACCCCCACUCACUACAACGUGGUGUUUGACAACAGUGGCCUCAAACCAGACCACAUGCAGAGACUCACCUAUAAGCUCUGCCACAUGUACUAUAACUGGCAGGGGAUUGUACGAGUGCCUGCACCGUGCCAGUAUGCCCACAAACUGGCCUUCCUGGUGGGCCAGAGCAUCCACAAGGAGCCCAACAUUAACUUGGACGACUUCCUGUACUACCUGUAACUUCAGCACCUGUUUCCUCUGAUUAAUUUCCACUGUGCCACAGUUCUUUUUCUUCAUUACAAUGGAAGUAUUGUAAGGCACUUUUUUAGGUUUGUGGA